GCCAAUAUCUCCCCUUCGGCUCUACCCUUUUAUCAAAACAGAGCGCUACUUUUCACCCUUUCUUCUCGUAACUCAAAACACCAAACCCCCCUUCGCAACUGCUCACUUUCGCCAGAGAAAAAAAUGGACCGGUACCAGAAGGUGGAGAAGCCGAAGGCUGAGACGCCGAUAAACGAGAAUGAGCUGAGGAUUACAGCUCAAGGGAGAAUGAGGAAUUACAUUUCUUACGCCAUGACUUUGCUUCAGGAGAAAGGUGCAAACGAGAUUGUGCUUAAAGCUACAGGUAGAGCUAUAAACAAGACUGUCAUGAUUGCUGAAUUAAUUAAGAGGAGGAUUGCCGGUCUUCAUCAGAACACAUCAACUGGAUCAAUAGACAUAACUGAUACAUGGGAACCUCUAGAAGAAGGCCUUCUUCCCCUAGAAACCACUCGCCAUGUUUCGAUAAUCACGAUUACUUUGUCUAAAAAAGUUCUGGAUUCAUCUUCAAUAGGAUAUCAACCUCCAAUUCCAACUGAUCAAGUGAAGGCAUCAGCCGAAAUUGAGGGAAAUGAAGGGGAGGACUCUGCUGACACCCAAGGCAAAGGACAUGUUGGACAAGGAAAAUAUGGAGGCAAUAUCAAUGGAGGCAUGGUGGACCAUAGGAAUGGAGGAUGGGAUGGCGGUCGAGGUUAUGGAGGCAGAGGUUGGGGUCGUGGGAGGGGACGUGGUUCCCGAGGGCGUGGUAGAGGGUAUGGUGGUGGAAAUAUGCAGCGGGAUUCAGGAUAUUACAACGGUAAUGAUCCAUCAGGACCAUUGCCUGGCCAGGGUCGUGGUGGACGUGGGAGAGGACGAGGACGAGGACGUGGUCGCGGACCUCCUGGUCAAGGUUUCAGAUCUGAUGGUCCAUUCCAGAAAGCUGCUUGAGCAUCUACAGAAGUAUGGCUUUAAAUUGAAACCAAACCAGUGGAUGGCUGCUGGCCUUUACGCAUUAUUUAAGGCUUUGAUUGCAAAUUUGAUUGGUAAGAGACCUUAUCUAUUGUUUUCUAGGCCGCAAUUUUUGAGGGAAAUUGGUAGGUAGAUGAUAUUUUAUCACGCGCCGCCAAUGUUUGUGCAAUUUUUUUAGUUAUUUUUAGAUUAAUAUUGAAAAUGAUUUUCUCGAAAUAAUAGAGCAGCAGUCUUGUCAUCUUUUUUAGUA